AUGUCGAUGAAUUUUACCUCGAACAAUCGUUACCUCCAGGUGGGAGUCAACCUUGGUAACAUUUUUACAUGUGCCGAACCGAGCUCAGUCACUCAUUCCGAGGAUACAACCGUUUCCAAAGUGAGGGGUGGCAUCGAUGCUGCUACCAGACUAGCUCUGGACCAGGCUCUCGUCAAAGCUCAAAGAUACCUAAACAUGAUUCAGCACGACGUAUCUCAGCAUACGCAAGUUGUUCGAGUUGUGGAACAGCUCGGAAGUCUUCUUUUGAACCUCAAAUCCCUCCAGCCUGACCAAUGGGGCUCUUUAGACCGCGGGGUCACAUUCAAUGUUCUUUCACUCUUGUAUUGCUGUAUCAUGGAAUGCUACGAGCUCUUAUCUACUCCGCUAGCAAUCUCGUCGCCAUACGAUGGACUUAUCGCCUGCCAUUUGGCGCUUCAAUGCGUAUAUGGCGCAGCCCUGAUGGACUUUGAUGACAGAAGUUCACAGCUGCAAAAGGUCACGGAGGCCAUGGAGCAAUUGGGCAACAAAAGAUCCAAGUAUCGGAACCAAGCGGAGCAGCCCGGGCCGGCUAUAUACCAUUCUCAAGCGGUUCUUGAUGUCUUGAGGAGGAACUGUGGGCCCCAUUAUGCGACGAGUUCUGGGGGCAUGCAUGUGAGCUUCGGCGGAGAAAAUCAUGGUACCCAAAUCUUUGAGUAUCAUGGCAGCAUGGGACCUCUCAAGUUCCCACUUGAGAACAUGCGUGUUAGGACAACCCUCUGA